AUGAUUGUCUAUUUAACAUUACUUGUUAUUUUUAGUUUGUUCCAAGUGAUUUUGACUGAGGAUACCGAGGAUAUCAUCGAAGAAUACGUAUUGAACUUCGAUUCUGGUCUAUACGUGUGUGGUGAUGAACAAAGUAAGGCUUACUUCGACUGUUCGCGGGUUGAAGUGAGUCGAUAUAAUGAAACUACAACCGCCAUGUCCGGUGUAGCUAGAUUACUUAAAGGCAUGGACGAAAAUACGCUUGUCGAAGCAUAUGUGGAAAAAGAUGUUUCAGGUCGAUAUGAACUGGUGAUGUCUCAUGAGAUUUGCAAUAUUUGCGAUGAAUUGGGCAACGAAGAGAGCAAUUACUAUUCAUAUAUUAAAGACAUCGAAUUGCCGGACUCUUGUCCUUUUCCACCAGCAGAAUAUACCAUCACCGACUUAGUCAUCGAUACAAAAUACCUUCCAAUGAACAAAGCAAACGAAGGACGAUACCAAAUGACUCUUAACUUCUACGACAGUCCCAGUAGAGAUUGCACUGGACCGAAAACUUUUAAUGCUUGUCUUAAAGUCGAUAUGGUUAUUGAACCUAAAUAA